AUGGCGGUGAGAUAUCUCAAAGACUUCAUAGCAUCGGAGGCCUUCAAAACCGCCGGCAGAGAGCUACGCGACGGCGUCCCCCGCCUAGUUAAGUUCAUCUGCUUCCUCCAAGUCACCAACGCUCACCUCCUCACCGUCGUUCUGACGUACGGUCCGAGCAUGCUCCCGACUCUGGGCCUCGCCGCGAAUUUGAGCUUGGCGGAGCGAAUCUCGACGCGGUUUGAGAAGUUGAGAGUUGGGGACAUCGUGCUGCUGAGAUCGCCUGAGGUUCCUAGGAAGAUUGUGACCAAGAGAUUGGUGGCUAUGGAGGGUCAGUCUGUUAGUUACGUUGUUGAUCCAAAGAACAGUCAUGUGUCUCAGACUGUUGUUGUUCCGAAAGGGCAUGUUUGGGUGGAGGGAGAUAAUAUCUAUGAUUCGACUGAUUCGAGGAUGUUUGGGCCUGUUCCUUAUGGUCUUGUACAAGGCAGACUCUUUUGGAGGUUUUGGCCACCUAAGGAUUUUGGAUCAUUGGCACAAAGCAAAGUGAAGGAUCCUGUCUCCUGAGGAUUGGCAUCGAGUCUGAAGUUGAGGAACCAAGACUGGAAUCAUGGGAUAAGAGUUCAUAAAUGCCAAAAAUUGCUAUUACCCUCAGAAAAUCUGAGUCAAGCUGCUAGCAGCACUAGAAACUUGCUGAGAUUACAUUAUAUACCUGAGGCUACUUUUGCAAGAGAUCGCAACUUCUUCUCCAGCCUCGAGUUAAAUGGGGCCUUCACAUUGAUUGGUCAAUGUUUGUAGAUACGGCACCUAGGUGAUCUAUCACAUGUUUAUCCAAGUUUAAAGACUGGUGUAUUAAACAAUCACGGAAUCACCCACCUAUGUCAAUGUUCUGAAUGGCAAGUUUAGUUGGGUCUGCUCUUGA